AUGGGCUACGGGGGAUCAUUGACGCUUUUGAAUGGGUCCCCUCACGACUGGGUACUAAGUGGCCAGCAUUCGUAUCAGAUGGACACCUGGAGUUGGCCCACGAUCAAUGCAGGGAAGGCAACCAAGGUUUACAUAGAGUUUGGCCUGAAAGGGCAUACUGGUGAUGAUGCUGGGGAAGCAUAUUACAACAUCGCCGGGACACCAAACAAAUUCCAAGUACUUGCACGAAAACCGUCGGACUUCAAGCUGACGAUACACCUGGACGGGUUGGCGACGAAGACGAGCCCCCAAGGUUCCAACAUCGAUCUCGGCUUCCGGCAUGAUGCAGCUGUCAAUUGGAUCCUAUCUCAAGACGAAGCCGGGAACUGGUGGUCAAACAGCGGCACACAGACGGAUUGGAUGCAGCAGAGUAUGGGGUCGCUGGCCAAUCGAACUCUCCGACACAUCGCCAUGCCAGGCUCGCAUGAUGCCGGAAUGUCCACCUUCAGGCCUGGCACUGUAGGAGCACAUUUUGCGAAUACACAGACGCAGUAUCUGGACUUUUACCAACAACUCAUGCAUGGGUCGCGGUACUUCGAUUUACGUCCCGUCAUCUCUAACGGCCAAUGGGUGGCAGGACACUACUCUGAGGUCGGUGAUAUCUGGCUCGGAGGAAAUGGCCAGUCGAUCGCGGACAUUAUCACACAGAUCAAUGACUUCACCCGCAACUACAAAGAACUCAUCAUCAUCAACCUCAGCCACACCCUAGACACCGACCACGACUACCGAGACCUCACCCAAGACCAGUGGAACGACCUCUUCAACACCCUUAAAUCCAUAAACAACCGCUUUACAGUUCCCAAUCCCGGAAGAACAGACUUCACGCAGAGCGUGCUCGGCGACUUCAUCACCGACCGCGCCUCCGUCUUCAUCUUCGCACAGCUCCCCCGCGGUAUCUCCCUCGGCGACUUUGCAAAUCAAGGCUUCUACACUCAAGACAACUUCCCCGUCUACGACUCCUAUUCUAACUCCAACGACGCCGGCACCAUGCAGCGCGAUCAGCUCUCCAAACUCAAAGCCGAGCGCAACAUCGUCGCGGAUGCCUCGCAACGGAAAGACCGCUUUCACAUCUUCUCGUGGAUACUGACCCAACAGCCCGAAGACGUGCUCAACUUCGACCGCGCAAUCAUGAACCUGGCGGCGGGGGUCGCAGAUCCGCUGGUUAGCGAGGCGUUCAAUGCGUUUACGCCAGAGAGCUUUCCGAAUGUGCUGUAUGUGGAUGCAAUCGGGGUGAGGGAUAAGCCUGUGGUGUUCCCGUUCGAUAAGCCGAGGAGUGUGGCGACGAAUACGGAUAUCGUGGCGCUUGCGAUUGCGGUGAAUAAUGCGAUGGCGGGGAGGAAUCCGUAUGUUACGAAGGGAAGAUGA